AUGGAAAAUUCGAUUCCUGAUCUGCCAACCGAACUGGUUAUUGAAAUCCUCUUGAGGCUUCCAGUAAAAUCCCUCUUGAAAUUUAGGUGCGCUUCAAAAUCUUGGUUUGCUUUGAUCUCUAGUCCUGAAUUUGAAACUCAUCUCAGCUUAAAUGCCAAUAACAGCGAAUACACCCGCCAUAAGGUUAUGAUGUUUGAACGUACUGUGUAUGGCUUUCGAGAUUGUAGCGUUAGCUCUUUAUUUAAUAACUCAUUUAACGAGGCAAACGACUUGGAUUAUCCCAGGCAAGUUCCAUGUGGUGUUUAUAUUGUAGGUUCUGUCAAUGGAUUGAUUUGUUUGGUUAGUCGGGAAAACGAAUUGUUUCUAUGGAAUCCAUCAAUUAGAAAGUACAAGAAGUUGCCUAAUCCUAAAACUAAAACUACUUUUGGGUAUUGCAUCAAGCAAUCAUGUGGUUUUGGAUAUGAUGAGUUUCAUGAUGAUUAUAACAUAGUCGUUAUUUUUGCGAGAUAUGAUUUUUCACUUCCAAUUGAGGUAAAAAGAUAUAGUCUAAAAAGUGAUUCUUGGAGAACGGUUGAUAAUUGUCCAAGUAUGGUGCCACUACAGCAGUCAGGUAGGUUUGUGGAUGGGAAACUACAUUGGAUUACUAUUAUUGGUCCUAAACUCUGUAUGAAACGAAGCAUCAUUUCUAUUGAUCUGGCUGACGGGAAAUGGGGAGAGAUGGAACUACCCUGUUAUUGGAAAGGAGGAGGAGGUGUGGUUUUGAGCUUGGGAGUGUUGGGAAGUAAUCUUUCGGUCUUGUGUGAUUGUGACGACCCAUAUAUGUUAGAUGUUUGGCUUAUGAAGGAGUAUGGGGUUAAAGAAUCUUGGACGAAGAUGUUUGCUAUCAAGAUGCCGGAUGAUCAAUUGGUGUAUGGAUAUCUUGGGCAAAUACGUUUACACUUGGCAAGUGGAAGUGGAAUUUUGGUUGUAUUUGGAUCAAGUUUCAUGAUAUACAAUACAAACGGUGACCCGCUCAGAUCUUCAAAGGUUAUUAACUCUAAUAAUUGGGACGAGGCGGAAAUCUACAUUGAAAGCCUAGUUUGUCCUUUUUCUACGGUAGGGACUGAGGAUGCAACAAAAAUGGGACUGAGGUUGUGA